GUUGCGUUCGUGUUUCAGUUAAAACUCACAAGUUCGAGUUCUAUGGUAUCAACUGAUACGUUCAUUGGAACGAACCCUAUUUUUGUCGAUCAAAGAAUAAACACAAACAAACGGUAUAUACAAGAAAGUGGGAGUAUAAGGUGUAGAGAAUUGGAAAGUGUCUAAAACUUAACCUUAAAUUAAAAAAAAAUUGUUUUUGUGCUUUAAAUUUCGUAAACCGAUAAUGUAAAUAUACCGUGAAUCGGGGAAACGAUGAUUUUCGUUAAAAUACGAUUUAAAUUUAAGUGUUACGAACGAAACUGACAGUGUUCUAUUUAUGACGUCUAUACCAUAAAAAAAUCAGUCCUAGUUUAAUAAGAAAUGAACUCCCGUACUCAUUUACACCCUUUCAUGAACAAUUCAGUAUCGAUUAGACAAGAAAUUCAAAGGUUUGAAAGUGUACAUCCGAGUAUUUAUGCCAUAUAUGACUUAAUUGAUGUUAUAACUGAUGGAGUAGUUGCCCAACAAAUCAGGGAUCAUGUAGUCUGUAUUGAAGAUUCGUUUGUGAAUUCUCAAGAAUGGACAUUAUCGCGUACUGUACCGGAUUUACGAUUAGGUAUAGUUGGGGCUUUAUCAUCGGGAAAAUCAGCACUCGUUCAUCGUUAUCUUACCGGAUCUUAUAUGCAAGAAGAGUCCCCCGAAGGGGGACGCUUUAAAAAAGAAAUCGUUGUCGACAAUCAGAGUUAUCUACUUUUAAUUAGGGAUGAAGGAGGACCGCCAGAAUUACAGUUUACUGCCUGGGUUGAUGCCGUUAUUUUCGUCUUCAGCCUGGAAAACGAAUCCUCUUUCAACGCAGUAUAUAAUUAUUAUACCAAGAUGGCUCAAUAUAGAAAUUCAACGGAAAUUCCUUUGAUUUUAGUUGGGACUCAAGAUGCAAUAAGCGAGAAUAAUCCAAGAGUCAUCUAUGAUUCUAGAGCGAAAAAAUUGGCAAACGAUUUAAAGAAAUGUACAUAUUACGAAACAUGCGCAACUUAUGGACUCAACGUCGAAAAAGUUUUUGAAGACGCUUGUCAGAAAAUAGUACAACAAAGACACGCUCUGGCACCUUGUUUGACUCCUACUAACUCGAGACCUUCUACUCCAAACAACAGUCAUUAUUACCCGAAUCCUGUAACUGUACAAAGAAAUUAUUUACAAAGCAAUAAUGGUUACCAGCAGCAUGGACAAUCACAAGCCCACAUGUCCCCCGGACAUAAUCAUACUCUCUCACACAAGGAUCCACCAAGUAUCCAAUCGAUAGAUUUACGUCAAGUUCAUACCCUAAAAUCGAAUACGUCAAAUUUUAUCCGGCGUGAAAUCACAGAUAGUAAAGAAUUGAUUUACAAAUCUGCGGAUGAUAGAUGGAAUUCUUCUACAUCGACGAUCGGUAGUCACGCUUCGUCUCAAGGUUUGGGAUUACAGACAGUGGAAAACAACAACUUAUCGAAAUUCGCGGCCCCACAUUCAUUAGAUAACCUCCAAACUAGUACCAAGGAUGGUAAAGAUUUACCGACCCCCAAUUCCACACCGACGACUUCCAGAAAAAGUAGACGGAGAUCGAAUCUAUUCACCCCCAGUAAAAAAGGUGAAGAUAAAUUGAAAAACGGGGGUGAUUUCGGUAGUGGAAGAGCCAUACCGAUUAAACAAGGUUAUUUAUACAAAAGGAGCAGUAAACCUUUAAAUAAAGAAUGGAAAAAGAAAUACGUGACGUUAUGUGAUGACGGUCGUUUAACCUAUCACCCCAGUCUACAUGAUUACAUGGAAGAUAUACAUGGUAAAGAGAUUUCCUUGCAAUAUGUAACGGUUAAAGUACCCGGACAGAAACCUAGAGGAUCCAAAUCGAUUAUAACAAUCGCGGGUGGUGGACACAUCGGUAUAAACGAAGGGCUUGGAGGCAUUUCACUUUCUGGUAAAGGGAAACCUUCGGAUAGGAUACCACCAGAUUGUUACGAUUUAAAAGAUUCUGAUACCAAACAGUAUAGCGGAGACGAAUCGAUGGUAUUUUUAACCAACAAUAUCUUAAACGGAGAUAAUACCAAAACGGAUAUAAAAAAAAGACAUAGGAGAGUGAAAAGUAGCGGCGUAAAAAACUCUGAAUAUGAUGAUAUAGACGCAAACGAAUUCUAUAUAGUUUCGUUAGAUAAUAAACAAUGGCAUUUCGAUGCUUCAGGUCCAGAAGAAAGAGACGAAUGGGUAACGGUUAUAGAACAACAGAUACUCAAUUCGCUUCAACUUAACGAAACUUUUAAAACUAGAAAUAAUCCGGCUGAAGCUUCUACUAUACAAUCGAUCAAAGCUAGGGUACAAGGAAACGGAUAUUGCGUCGAUUGCGAUGCUCCAAAUCCCGAUUGGGCGAGUUUGAAUCUAGGUGUACUUAUGUGUAUCGAAUGUUCUGGUAUACACAGAAAUUUGGGAUCUCAUAUAUCAAGAGUCAGAUCUAUGGAUUUGGACGAAUGGCCACCUGGAAAUUUGGCAGUUAUGUUAGCUAUAGGUAAUUCUUUAGCUAAUUCUGUGUGGGAGGCUCAAACUCAAAACCGUUGCAAACCUAAUUCACAUUCUACGAGAGAGGAACGUGAAAAAUGGAUAAGAGCCAAAUAUGAACACAAAGAAUUCUUACCACCACCAAACAAUACGAUGCCUUUGGGCCAACAACUUAUUGAUUACGUAUGCGCUUCGAAUAUCAAAGGAAUAAUCACCGUAUUAGCAAGGGCUAAUGUCCAAGAAGUGAAUACAACAGUAGGUCCGAGGGAUUUAAGGACUCCUUUACAUUUAGCGUGCGCAAUGGGAAACCUCGCAGUUGCUCAACUACUACUCUGGAAUAACGCUGAUGUGAAAUGCGUCGACCAAGACGGUCGAAAUUGUUUGGCUUACGCGAAAGCCGCGGCCAGUAUAGCCGCGGCGAAAUCUCAAACUUGUACCAACAGUCAAGAUGUUGAGGUUUCCUCAGUGGCAUGUAAAUCCCUCGUCGAACUUCUUCUUUCUUACGGUUGUCCCGAAGCUACGACCGUGUCUAUUAGUGGAACGAUACCGAGGAGGAAGAAUAGCAACAGUCAAUCGGUUUCUACCGUACAAUAUAAUAAAUUAACCUCAAAUGUUUAAUAGAGGUUCGUGUUCACCUCUCUCGAUGGAUAAUCUAUUUAUUUCUUUAAAUAUAUAUAUAUAUAAAUAUGUAAGUAAGUGAAGGAAAUGUAAAAAAAAUUUUUAUUAAACUCAUCCAUGUCAUUUUUGUAAACGUUUAGAAUUAUCACAUGUUAUGUAUGUUUGAAGUAUAUAAAAAUUCUUAACGCACUUAAUAAA